AGCAACAGUCAUUCUUAUUCUUCAAGCAUACCGUACUCGGUACCAAAUAGUGGUAAUCAAGAUACUAGCAUCCAUACUAAUCCAUCCUCUGUCCCAAGACAUAAUGGAUUACCUUCAAAUAUAUCCAUGAUUGAAUCGAUAAAUAUCACAUCACCAAAAGUUUCCACCUCAGAUAUUGAACCAAGAUUUGUCAUUUCAAAGCAGAAGAUUGCAGCGGCUCAUGCUGCAAAUUCUCAAUCUAGAUCGAUGUCAACUUCACAUUCAAGUGGGAUGUUUUCAAGAUCAAGAAAGAAUUCACAAAUGGAUCUAGGCUCUUUCUAUAACAACAACUAUUCUUCUCAAAACUCACCUGCAAAUGGUCAUGCUCCACCUCCUAUAGAGAUUGUUACUGGAUCUCCGUCAAGUUCUUCAAGUGUUGAGUCUUAUUCAAGAUCAAGACAUAGUUCCAUGGUUGAUUUAAAGAGGUUUUUCAAAAAAUCAGGCUCAUCCCCAAAGACAAAUGGUUCAAGUUUUGCAAUGUCACCAAUAGCAAGUAAUUUCUCAAUGGGUAGCAGUUCACUUUCAAGAGAUCGUUCAGGAAGUAUGAGUUCCUCUUAUAGCAAUAAUGUUUCUGCAUAUACAACUCCUCAAACUUUACCAUUUUCUAAAAGAUAUGGUAAAUUUGGUGAAAAUCUUGGUGCUGGUGCUGGUGGGUCUGUUAAAUUAGUUAAAAGAUUAUCAGAUCAAAAAGUAUUUGCAGUGAAAGAAUUUAGACAAAGGACUGCAACAGAGACAAGAAGAGAGUAUGCUAAAAAAAUUACAGGUGAAUACUGUAUUGGCUCAACUUUAAGACAUCCAAACAUUAUUGAAACUGUGGAAAUUGCUUAUGAAAAUGAUAGAAUCUUACAAGUUAUGGAAUAUUGUGAUUAUGAUUUAUUUGCAAUUGUCAUGUCUAAUAAAAUGUCUGCUCAUGAAAUUGAUUGCUGUUUUAAACAAAUAUUAACUGGUAUUGAAUACCUACACCACAUGGGUCUUGCGCAUAGAGAUUUAAAAUUAGAUAAUUGUGUCAUCAAUAGCCAAGGAAUUGUGAAACUUAUUGAUUUUGGUUCUGCUGUUGUGUUUUCAUAUCCUUUUAGCAAAACUUUGAUUGAAGCUUCAGGUAUUGUUGGUUCGGAUCCUUAUUUAUCACCCGAAACACUGGUGUUUUCCAAAUAUGAUCCAAGACCAGUUGAUAUUUGGUCAGCUGCUAUGAUUUAUUGUUGUAUGGUUUUGAAGAAAUUUCCUUGGAAAGUUCCAAAACUUGCUGAUAAUAGUUUUAAAUUAUUUUGUUCGGGUAGAGAUUCUGAUUCAUUAAGUGCUUUGUUAACAAGAGUCCCAUCUCCAAAGCCAGUUGAAGUUAAACCAAUUGAAAAAUCAAGUGGUUUAUCGAACUUGUCAAAAGCUUUUUCCAAACCGUUAUCUGAAGUGGAGACUUUAGUUGGUGAUUCCAGAUUAUUACAAGCAUUACCAGCCCAAGCAAGAUCUGUCAUUGGUAGAAUGGUUGAUUUGGCCCCAGCUUGUAGAGCUAGUAUUGAUGAAGUUAUGGCUGAUCCUUGGUUAAAGAAUGUCGCAACUUGUACUGUUGAAGAACAUAUUGAUGGCUCAGGAAUCUCAAACCAUAUUUAUCACAAGGCAAAGAAUCAUGAACAUACACAAGUUGAUCAAUCUGAAGCACAUAUUGCUUCUUUAGAGAAGAAGAAG